AUGAAGACAGACAUGUUUCUGAAUAAACGUGAAACAGUACCGUCUCAACUGUUCUCGGGUAUAAACGAAAACGUAGGUUACAUUCCACUGCUGGACCACCAGAAAACCAUCAUUCAACUCAUUGUUGGUGAGUCAACACACCUGCUGACCACCCAAACCCCCUUAGGAGACAGAUCUCAUGAAAUCAAGGGUGCUGCGUCUAGACCAGUUAUCAUCAUUGAGGGAAACGAAGGCGAUGAGGUGGUCCUGCGGUGUGAGGCUGAAGGCUGCUACCCAGAGCCUGUCAUGGAGUGGUGUGAUGCUCAUGGACGUGUCCUCUCUGCUGCUGGACCUACAGAGACAUCCAGAGACCGUGAAGGCUGCUACACUGUGACAAGCCAUGUCAUCGUCCAGAACUCUGACAACAACACCUUCACCUGUCGGGUUCAACAGUUGGAGAUCAAACACAUGAAGGAGAGACGGGUUCAUGUUCCAGGUGAGGGUCUGUUUUGGAUAUUUGAAAAAAGGCACUAUCUGUAA